ACACACACACACCGGAUGUUGUCAGCAUCAAUUGAACACCACGAAGAAGAAGAGGCAACAGUAGAAGAAGAGUUGAACAGAAAAGACGUUUGUUGACAUCAAACUAUGUGGUAGAGUGAGUUGUGUUGCUUCUCACGAUGGCGUCUCAGAGAGUUCUCCCUCAGAGCAAAGAGACUCUGCUACAGAACUACAACAAGAGAUUGAAGGAUGACAUCAAGUCCAUCCUGGACAACUUCACAGAAAUUAUUAAAACAGCAAAGAUAGAAGAUGAGACACAGGUGGCUCGAGCAACUCAAGCCGAGCAGGACCAUCUUGAAAUGCAUGUCAGAGCGGCCAACAUUGUCCGUGCCGGCGAGUCACUGAUGAAGCUGGUGUCGGAUCUAAAGCAGUUCCUGAUUCUGAACGACUUUCCCUCCGUAAACGACGCCAUCAGCCUCCAGAAUCAGCAUCUGCGCUCGCUGCAGGACGAGUGCGACAAGAAGCUCACGUCGCUCCGGGACGAGAUCGCCGUCGACCUGUAUGAGCUAGAGGAAGAAUAUUACUCCUCCAGGUACAAGUAGGCUUAUACUUCCCAUCCCACCACCCACUCUUCUGUCCCAUGACCUGCACCAUGAACUAUAUCUCACCUCAUACCAUUCACCGCUGAGGCCGAGAAAAGGGUGUAGUUCCAUCAUCUUCUGUGUCGGGGUUUAUCGUCAUCGACUCAUAUCAUCGCCGAGAUUCACUAAGUGACUUUACAUUGUUAAUGAUUAUCAAGUGCCUUGACUGUUUGACUAAUUACGACAAACGUCAUAGAGCAGUGCAAAGUUCAAAGGACUGAAAAUCAAAUCUUGAACUUAAACUGCUCUGUUUUUUUUAUAUUUGGACAUUCUGAAGGUUUACAUGAAUAGAAAAAUAGCACUGUGGUGAUUUUAGUGCUGUGUUCAUGUGUAAACAGGGACCAGACUUUAUUGUUUCCUGGUCUGAGAGACUUUUUAAUUGAUAGUUUAGGUUUUUUUGAAGUGUCAUUGUAUGACUUUGUCAGAAACAGCAAAUUACUGUGAACUUGUCUGUAACCUGGACAUUCCCUGUCGUUGAUGACAUGGCUGCCUGCAGAGACAGAGGGUCAAAAAAAACUUUUAGACACAUUACAAAAGGCCCACGUAAUAUCUAAAAUAUACUCCUGCUUAAGUCUCUGACAUGUUAAGAAUAUGUUUGCCACUUUUUCUCAUCAAAAUCAGCCCUUUCUUCUAGAAAACGGAAGUUGUAAAUGGCUCACUCUGCUGCACCAAUGUCCAUACAGAAAAUCAGUGUUUUUAGCCUGAGGAGAAACAGGAGCUGGUCUACUGCUGCCUCCUGUGGUAACUUUGUGACACUAGUAAAUCCAAACAAAGGAUUUUUAAACACUGAAUGCACAAAAUAAGACAUCUGAACUUAGCUGAUGAAGACAGCAGUUCAUAAACAACUCUUUUCUGCUGUGAUGUAAAAUGGCUGAUUUUCUCAGUGGACUUUGGUGCUGAGGAGAGAGCAGUGUACAGACUUAAGUUUCCAGCUGAGAAGUGCUGUUUAACUGUGAGAUUAAGUGUCAAACAUUCUCAAGACAUUGUAGAAUUAAACAGGUGUAUAUUAGCUGAGCCUUUUGUUCAGUGACUAAAAUUAGCUCCCAAUUCAGCCAUUAUCAUUGACUGAUGUUGACCAGGAAGUGACGGUACCUCAUACAAGUACACUUCAAAAAAACCUAAAUUAUCCCUUUAACAAAGAAUGUUUUUUUCAUUCAUUUGAGUUGUUUUAGACUAAAAUAACAAAUAGCUUAGUUUAGAGAGUAAGCUCACCUUUUACACAUGAAACCAACUCAAACUAAAUUAUAGAUUUUAUAAAAUUAUAAUUACUUAAUUAAAGAUUAUUUAAAAGAUAUAUUUAAAUCAUCACAUGCUACAUUUUAAGGAUUUUAAGGACUGUUUUGAUAGAUGUGUGUUAUAGACGCAGUGAGACUUCUGUAAAAGCGACAAGACUUUUUGACUGAUUUGACUGAUUCCGUGCGGAGAACAUGGAAAGCUGUAACCAUGGAAGCACGUAUCACUCUCUCACACACACACACACACGCUGUGGUUGAACGUGUGUACCAGACCAAAUUAUUAAGAAAUAAACCAGAGACUAAACACUGUAA